UCGAAGACAACGUAGAUUACUCCGGUAGAUUUGUUACGGAUAGCGAAUUUGUUUCCUUAGAUGAAUUACAUAGUUGGGCCGAUGCGAUAGUAAUAACAAUUGGUUUUCAAUUGUCACGUGCUUCUUAUAAAAUAAAAGAAGGACGUUCUAGAGUUAGUGUGUAUUUAAGAUGUCACUGCUGUGGUAAUAUUAGGGGUGGUUUACAUAAUCUAGAUAAUAUUGCCCGACCUGGUUCUAAAAGUAGAAGUUGCGGGUGUAAAUUUUUGAUUGUAGCAAGUAGUUGUAAACCAGGAGAAAGACCUUGGACAGUAAGGGUGUGUCCUGGUGAAAAAGGAAGACAUAACCACUCGUUCUUAGUGUACAGAGAUGGUCAUGUAAGGGCGAAUAGGAUCAAUGUAGAUAUUCGGGAGCACAUAUGAUAGCUUAGUGCAACCGGAAUGCAACCGGCCUUUAUUAUGAAUUCUAUUAGAGAAAAUUUUCCUGGUUUUUUACAAGUAUGAAUCAGAUAUAUAAUAUUAGGGAAUCAAUAAGGAGAGAACAGAUGGAGGGUAAGACUCCCCUUCAACACUAUCUUUAUAUGGCCACAGAACUUAAUUACAUGGUCUGGAAAGACUUGGAUAGCGAAAGGGAAUUGAGCAGAUUAUUAGUUGUAAAUCCUACCUCUAUGCAAAUUAUACGUACGUGGCCCUAUGUUGUGCUGAUAGAUACAACGUACAAAACAAACAAACAAAAGUGGCCACUGUGUGAAGUGAUCGGAAUGACGCCAAGGAAUCACAACUUCUUGGUUGCGUUCUGUUUGAUACGAGAUGAGGCAGCUGUGUCGUAUUCUUGGGUGUUGCAGGGAUUGAGAGAUACUUUCGGCACAGCUCAGACUCCUAGCGUCAUUGUAACCGAUCUAGACGAAGGUUUAUCUGCAGCUAUUCGUGACGUCUUCCCAGAUGUGCGGCAUUUGUUAUGCAUUUGGCAUAUUGCAAACGACGUGGAGAACAUGGUGGACAAGUUGUGUGGCGGGAAAAAAAAUCAACAAGGGCAAAUAUUCAAGAAAGGUAGAUGGAACCCCUUGGUUCAAAGUUCUACAAUCGGCGAAUUUGAAGAGAGAUGGCAAGUGAUCGUGAAUACGUGGUCGAUUAGGAACAAAAAGGUCGUUCGGUAUUUGGCUGGAACAUGGAUUCCACUUAGAGAGAAAUUUGUGCGUGCGUGGACGAAUGAUUGUUUGCACAUGGUUAACCAGACUACCAGCAGAGUUGAAAGCCAACACUCGUCUUUCAAGUAUUACCUUGGUAGCGGUAAUAGCUCAUUCGAUACCCUGUUUAAAAGGGCACACGCACAGAUUACAAAUUAGCAAGCCAGAAUCCGACAAGCACUACAAGAAUCAAUGAAUUCUGUAGCAAGGUCGCUGCGACAACAUUUCUUUAGACCUUUAUAUCGCCACGUAUCUAUCUAUGCCUUGGAGCAGCUGCGGCUUGAAUAUAACCGUAUGUUAGAAUUGGGUGAAUUUGUAUUUAACAAAUGCGGUUGUGUACUUCAACACACCCAUGGAUUGUCGUGUGCUUGUUAUUUAUAUAUGUCUAUCGGUUCACACGGUGCUUUGUAUGUGGAUGACAUUCAUCAAUUCUGGAGUACUUUGAGGUACAUAGAGGUAGGAGAUGAAACCAGUGAAGGAGUAUAAUACGCGAACGCCAAUGACAAAGAGUACUUUUAAUCUCUGGUCGAUGAAGUUCUAAAAUCUGAUCCUGCAGUUGUACGCUGAAUGUCUCAGGUACUUGAGUAUGAACUACACCCUGAUGAUGCCGAAAUAUCUGAGCCUUACGCAAGUCCACCUAGAAAGGGAAAACCAAGCACAAGCAAAACCAUGAGAAGAAAUAAAAGUGCAUUUAAAUAUAGCAGAUCAUCUUCUCGGGGUCGAGGGUCUAGAUCUUCAUCCCGCGGGAGAUCGAGUGGUCGAGAAACCCAAUCUUCAAUUGGAAUUAAGUUUAGUUUCAACUUAUUCGGUACAUGACUUUCUUUUCCGUUAUUUACAUUACUUUGUUACAGCUUAAUCUUAUUAACCUUAUUUUCAAUUAUUGUAGAUGAUCCAGGAGGUCGUGAUUUUUCACAGUUUUCAUGGCCUAAUCACAUCCCAUUUGUUAUUCCUCCUUACUUGUUUUGACUGGAUUGAUGUGUUAGGUGAUGGUAACUGUGGAUUUAGAGCUAUGUGUAUGGAAAUGCAAAUAAACAGAGACCAAUACCUAAGUUUGUAUUUAUCCCAGGAGUCGUUAGACGAUGCUAUAAUCAGAAUAGGUUCACACGACAAUGGACCUGCUCCUUAUAUUCACUGGAUGGAUGCACCGAUGGCAUUGUACUCUGCAGCAACGUUUCUUAACAUUGGCAUUGCUUAUUACGGUUCUGCUGACGGUAACCCGAUGUACAACUGUUUGGUUCUUCCGUUAACGAAAGCAUCGAGCGUGCAUAGUGUAAAUAAAGUUAUACAUAUAUGUUGAGUGAAUGGAAAUCAUUUUGUUCAACUUUUAAUGAACGACGAUUCAUCCCCACUCCUGCCCAUCCAUCAACGUUGGAGAAUAGUAGUUGGCAAUUUUUCCAGACAUAUUGAAACACAUUUCACUACUAGGAUUAUGCUCUGGAAUAAUCUAUGUGGGCCACGACCACCACCACGUAAUAACACCGCUGACGAUGCUGUAAAUUUAGAUAGUCCAUAGCUUUACGUGUUGUAUAAAUAAUUAUUUAGUUGUAUUACAGAAAUUAUACACGAGAUUCAAUUUGUAGAUAGUCCAUAGUUACACUACUGUGUAUAGUG